AUGAGAUGGUUAAAAUCUUCAGCAGGAAAUAUCUCAGAAACAAAACUCGAAAAGCUGGAAGCACCAGAGACUCAGAGAGUAGCAUCCCAAUCUAACUGUUUUCCAAUUGAUGGAUCGAAAUCCUUGGCCAUCCACAGCAGUACUACUACUUAUAACUCAGAAUAUCUGAAUUCCCCUCAAAAGUAUGAAGUUUUUGACAAUAAUAAAUACCAAAUGUCCAGCACUAAGUCGUGUUCUUCUCCCACUGCACUAGGGCUACUUUUCCGCUCUACAGUAUUUAGAGAAUUAGUGAAAAAGAACUCAAACAUAACUGGAGAUGAAACUGAUGGGGAAGACAUAAACGAUCGACGGCCAAAGAUGGCAAGUGACGAUGAUGACGAGUUGGAUGGGAUCUUCCGUGAUGGAAUUGGGGACAUCCCGUUUCUAAAACCCCAUUAG